AUGUUCGAGAAGAAGCCAUCUUACAAAAAAUACAAGUUGCAAAUCAUUGAAUUCAACCUGGCAAUGUACAACUUCUUUGUAAAGGGAGGAAGACACCUUGAGACGAAAAAGAAGUCCCAAUAUUACGACAAUUUCACACCAGAUAAACUGGAUACGAUGGAAAGUGAGCACAACUACAUCCAAUACAUCUUUCCAGUAAUGAGAUUUUCAGACUAUCAGGAAGAAAAGGUGAUGGUUAGAACAGUAGCCAGAAUUCUAGUCAAAAGGCCAGUUGUAUUGCAGACAAUUCGGGAUUUCACGGUGACAUUUGCCGAUUUUCUGAUUGCCAAGGGGAAAAAAGAGGGAAAUUGGUUCAUGCAUGGAAAUCACAACAAAAACAGAAUAUCAAGGGUGUUUAUGUGCUGUAAACUAUUUGGCCUUGAAAAGCAACUGACUGAUUUCCAGUAUGCACUAACAAAUAUCCUUGGAUACGACUACAUGAAUGAUGAUUCAAGCAAGAGAAAGUACCAAAAAGUGCUUCAAACCAGAAGAAUAAAUUAA